GCUUCUGGUCACCGACGCGUGCGGACGCAGGAUGGAAGGCUCUCUCCGAGCUGUGACAGCGGCCGACGCCGGCCGUGGUAACUCGUGCUUCUCCGUACCCAAGGACUACCGUAUUGUUCUGCCUCCUCUGCCCACCGGUGACGGACUGAAAACCACUGUCGUCCUGCACUGCGACAUUGCAGGACGGCCUUACAGGAUCGACGAUUUUCGCAAGCCCUUAAAGGACGCCAACUUAAUACAGCAGGUGAGCGGAAUCGGUGCUUACCAGAUGUCACAUGUCUGGUUGAUAAAUUUCCGGACCGAAAACGCUAAGAAGACGCUACUUCGUGCAGGCCAUAUCACUGUUAAGGAUCGUGUGUGCCUAGUGAUUGAUCCUGAAAAACAGGAGGUGCGCGUGAAGAUUCACUGGCUGGCGUUCAACGUCACAAACGACGCUAUACGCCGCGCCUUCAUGGAAUUCGGAGAAGUCAAGGAAGUGACCAACGACAAGUGGAAGACUGCUGAUUUUGAAUCCGCCGAUUCGACAAGCAGGGUUGUGCGUCUUGUCCUCCGAGAUGGAGUAAGCCUCGAGCGCAUUCCCCAUCAGAUGCGAGUUGGAGGAGGAACGGUGCUGGUUGUUGUUCCGGGUCGUGCGCCCAUAUGCCUGAGAUGCCACACCACAGGACAUAUUCGCCGUGACUGCAGAGUUCCACGCUGCGCGGAAUGCAAGGCCUUCGGCCACGAACAAGCUGACUGCUCAAGAUCCUAUGCUCGCAUCGCUAGUCGCAGCGCCGCUUGCGACAGCGGUGAACUUUUAAUGGACGAGGAAGACGCAGAGCGGGUUGCAGCGUCUGAAGGAACGCAGGCCGGGUCUGACGGCGAAAACGCCGGAGCGUCCUCCGAAGUAGAAAGCAGCGUCCAGGAACAGUCGCUUGCUGUUGAGACCACCGUGGUGGACGAGGCCUCGCGCGGCGCGGGAGACGGUACACAGGCGAACGCUGCGGAAUCCGACAAGAGCGACGCGGGAGACGCGACGCAGGCGGACACUGCGGGGUUCGACAAGAGCGGCGCGUCUCAGGACAACGGGGGAGACGCGGCGUCGACGCAAGCCGUGAAAUGCAGUUCUGCGAACAUGGAUGUGGACGUUCCUGCUAUAAAGCGUCGCCUCGAAGACAGCGUCGAUCCUGUGCGCGAGCAACGACAGCGUCAACAGGCGAAGGAAGGAAACUACGUCACCGGCAAAAAGAAAUGCGUCGCGAACACGCGGCGUUCGUCGUCGCUUCAGCGCGACGACAAAGCCAAGCUAUAGCAACGCCGCUUUGGCGCC